UGAACGCUUCUCUUUGCGGCGAAUUGACAGGUCAGCUUCAAGCCACUUUUUAGCUUCUCGAGUAGAGUAUUUAGUUUUAUUUUGUGUUAUCAUUUAAUUUGAUUAUUAAAAUGUAUAUGUUUAUAGACGCAAUAGAGCUAUUAGAUGAAUUAUAAGUGCACUUACAGUGUUACAUAAACUAGCGCUCGGCGGUCCCGAUGCAUACAACUACAUAAUACGUCAGUGAAUAAAUGGUGGCUAGAUAAUGGAUGUGGAUGCGCCGAACAUAUUGAAGCGGUGCAGCAGCGCACCGUUGAUCAAUGAGGUGGCAUCGACGGCUGCGACAUCGCCCACGACAACUACAACGCCUAGGAGUACGUCGAUCUUCAGUAGCUUCAGCAUGUUUUCCAACAACAACCUGAAUCUGCGCACGCGGCGGCACAGCGGCAGUUUCAGCCCUUUAGCCACGCCACAUAGCCCCAAUAAUUGCUGGGGCCCUCGCGCGCCGCGCGUCAACCAACUACGCCUUGAGGAGUGCGCCGACGUCAGCAACACGCGGGAGGUCGCUCACGAGAGAGAGGUCCACUCCGCCAUGCAACUUGGCCAGUCUUGUGAGGACCUCACACUGCCAGGGCUGUCCAACUCACCCACUAGAGUCACCAGGUUACCUCAAGUGGUAUCCCCGUCCCCUACGCGCAAGUACAUGACGCGCCGGAGCCUCUCGCCCAUCGCCAUCCGCGCCUCCAGCUUCAGCCCCGUCACGCUGCGCAAGCGCCGCGGCGACGAGCCCGACUCCCCCCUCCCCAAGCGCAUGUGCGACCGCCUCACCCCCUCCACGCCCGGCACGCCCGGCACGCCAGGCACGCCCGGCACACCCGGCACGCCAGAUUCAGACUCGCUGGAGUGCACGUUCCGGCCGGUGUCGCCGCGCGCACCCAUGGGCGAGAAUCAUAAGAGUGAGAACACUAGCUAAUAGAUCGUGGCGGCCUGGUGUACGGAAUGCGAGACUCGCCCGGCGUGUUUCCAGACGUUGAAAGUUGAAAAACAAAACGUAAUUUAAUUACUAAUAUAUUGGAAUGUUUGCGUUUAAAGAACGUAGGCCUAUUUCCUGAAAAGUAAAUAUAAUCGUUUAAAGACUAGCAUUUUAUCUAGCAAGUCAUGUAUUCUAUUGCUAAUGUAUUGGAGACAUGCUGGGUUUUAUGCAUCAUAUUCAAUGCAAACGUACGAACCGAUUAUAAAAAAUACAUGAUGUAAUGUUGAUUGUGAAUUUUAUUGGUACGGUCGUCACCAGAUAUGUCGAAGCGGCCGAGGUGUUCAAAAAUAUCUUGACAAUAGAGGCGUGUCCAGAUAUUAUUAAGCACCUUGACUGCUCCAAUAUAUCUGAUGGCGACUGUACCAUAACAUCUCUGAUUUGAAAUAUUUUAAUUAUAAUUACAAUUAAAAAAGGUUUCUGAUCGGUUCGUACUUGCAUGGAUAUUUGCAUAAAUUAGUCAAAUUUCGUAAAUUCAGGCGGUGGUAGUGUAAGGUGUAAUAUGUAUAGGGUUCUACGUGUUAUCCAAUGUUUGUAGGCUAGGAGUAUCCUAGGGAGACUGCGUCAUUGUGGGGGCAUAGACAAAUUGAUUUCUUUACGUUUCAGUUUGAUUUGGUUUGUGGGUUUUCUACGUAGUUACUUCUGGUACGGGCUAUUUAAAAACUAAAGUUUGAGUCGAGGAAUUUUAUUUUCAGUUCCUUUUCGUACCUUGUCACAGUGACAAAAGUAAGUAUGAGGUCCAACUUUCAUAUUGAUUGUCACCGUGACAAGAUACGAAUAUUAAAUUCUUUGAAUGUACCAUGUUAAGACCCUUUAGCGAGUUUAUAAUUUUGAAAAACUCGUGAUUUUCUGUUAUAAGUAUAGUUCGUUUUUUUUAGCAUUAGAAAUAAGGUGUAAGGGAAAAUCUUGAUGUGUCUUUUAAUUGAGAAACACAUUUUAAAAAUAAGUUACGGCAAAUAUGUAACAAUUAUGAAUCUAAUACGAUCAUUUAUAUUCUUCUGCUUUCAUAAAUGAUAGUUACUGAUUUUUAAUAAGCGUAUUUCAAAUAAAAGACAUGCCGAAAUCGCUUACCUUCUUCCAAGUUCUUUCUAAUGCUAAAAAAACGAACUAUAGAAUGGAAUCCUACAUUUAUUAAGAAAUAUUUCGUUUUUAAUUAAUCUACUCUAAAUUGUUUUUCUUCUUUGCCUAGAUGUGUAAGCCCCCACGAUGGCGUAGUCCCCCAAUAAUUAUCUAGGAAAUGUAAACGUAGCUUUUAGGAAAAACGGGAGCCCUAAAUAGCCAAAGCAUCCAAAACUUUACUGUAUAUAGUUAGCCGCGUUGCUAUAUUGAACGCUCUGUAUAUAAUUUAUUGUAAGUCUUAGCUGUUAUGUUCAAGUAUUUCGAAGUCCGUAGGUCGAUUCGAAUAGUUUUUGUUUAUUUCCAUACAGGGAUCAGAGGGACCGCGAACCACGUUCGACGUGUUGCCUCUCUGUCGCUCUUGUAAAUACGUACGUAAGUGUUACAGGGAGGCAACACGGGAAACGUGGUUCGCGGUAGGCCCUCGGGAGAAUCAAAUUGAAUGUCGAUUUCAGCGGGAUCUAAGAUCUUAUCUCCACAACAUCUUAAAUGGUGAAACUCUUGUACUAUUUAAAUGUAUUUAGUAAGAACUUUGCCCAUCAUGGAAAACUUACGAUAAAAACCAGAUUUUUCAUACCUUUCUAUUGAGAAAUUUUCUUCGGUUAUAUAAUAACCGAAGAAAAUUUCUCAUGUUUUACUACGAAUUUGUUAUAGUACGAAUUAUUCGCGCAAGUAGCCCUCGCCAUUGUUGCACACACAAUGUACGAUGUCAUGCGACGUGUGC